CUGGGCGUUUGGAGUAUAAUUACCUUGUUGCAGCGGCUUCUAUCUUCUUUGUGGAGUUUUUAUUGUCUUUUCACUAGCAUAAAAAUAGAACAUGAACAUAUAAUACGCCAGAAGAAAUGUUGAAGUGAUGCCCCCACAUGGUUGAAGUAAAGCAGCGUUAUAAUUUAUGUUAUACUAGUGCGUGCAGCUCGAGCUCAACCUCCCCGGGUGGAAUAAUGUUGUUCGUCUUGAGGGGAACUGCGCGUGUGGAUUUCAAAAUGAAGAGUAACCGCCGCUGAACGUAAAUGAAAAGUGAUACAACCGUAGAGAACGGUGAACCAGUUUUAAACACCAAACACUGAGAAGGACUCACAACCAACAUGAUGUGGUUCUUCCCACUGAAGAAACUGAAGAAACAUUUCAAAUUCGUCUUUUUUGGAUGCGUGCUGGUGUUGGGGUUGUUAGCUGUAUAUCUAGAGUACGCGGCGACAGAUGCUGGGAACCUACACACCGGGAACCCUGUGCUUCUGAAGAAAGAAGUCCGGUCAGACCAGCAGCACAGAGAGCCGCACACUACUCAGUGGAAGAACCUGGAGCAGAGAUGGAGUCCUGAGUUCAGAGGUCAAGCCAAUUUGCACAUCUUUGAAGACUGGUGUGGCAGCUCUGUGGAGCAGCUUAGAAAGAACCUGCACUUCCCUUUGUUUCCCCAUAAACGCACGAUGGUGAGAAAGCUGGCUGUGGCUCCGAGGUGGACAGACUAUGGAUUGAGGAUAUUCGGCUACAUCCAUCCCUAUAAGGAGGGGGAGUUCCAGUUUGCUGUGGCCUCUGAUGAUAACUCUGAGUUCUGGCUCAGUAGAAACGAAAAGCCAGAGGAGCUGCAGCUGCUGGCCUUUGUAGGGAAGAGAGGCAGGGAGUGGGCAGCCCCUGGGGAGUUUGGAAAAUAUCCAAGUCAGAUCUCUCAGCCUGUACAUCUGUCGAUGAAGAGGUACUACUUCGAAGUGCUCCACAAGCAGGACGGAGGAGGCACAGACCAUGUGGAAGUAGCGUGGAGGCUGAAGCAGGCAGGCUCCCAGUUCACACUGAUCUCUUCCAUCGCUCUGUCUCUCUACACUAACGAGUCCUCUCUGUUGCUGGAUGAGGUGCUGCACAUCCCCCAGUCUCCCGCCAGUCACCGCAGAGCUGUCUGGCACUCCACUCACGCUGUGGAGAUGCUGAAGCCAGAGCCGCGGGAUACCUUCUUCCAGCUCCCCUUCAUUAAAGAGUCCCACUUGGAGCAAGUCCUCCCUGACUGUGUCUACAGCCCCAGCUACCUCCUGAGUCCGGGCUCCCCACUGUCGCGCUACCAAGGGUUGCACUUUGUGCAUCUGUCCUACAUUUACCCAAACGACUACACCAGACUCGCACACAUGGAGGCUGAAAACAAGUGCUUCUAUCACGGGAGCGCCUAUCAUUCAGACAGGUUAGGAUUUUCCAGAUUCAUGAGGAUGGAUCCUCCAAAGCAUCCGAAGCAGUGGAGGAUGAGCUGGCCGGGUUGGGGUGGCCCAGGAGGAAUCCUGCCAGACUCGGAGGAACAGCUGUUUGACUAUGUAGAUCAGGAGGUCCUGGAGAGGGAGAGAGAAGGGGAGAGGAUUCAGGUCCAGGAUGCGAAGCCGGGGGUUCUAGAGAGGGAGAGAGGGGAGGGGAGGCAGAGUCUGGGGCUUGGACAGAGGAUUCAGGGCCAGCGUGAGGAGGGGAAGCUGGAGAGGCAGAGGAAGGGAGAGAGACAAGUGGUGGUGAGGCAGAGGCCAGGGCAGAGGACAAGGAUGAGGCAGGGGGAGGGAGUGAGGAGGAGACGGAGUGUGAAGCAGAGAGAGGUGGUGCAGGAAACGGUGAAAGAGGAGAGACUCAAGCCAGCGAAGCAUUUGGAUUACGGAGAUGAUUUUGAUGAUUACACCUCCAAGCGCAGGAGUAAGCUGCACUCUGUCAGGGGAGAUGGGGUCUCAGCCCGAAACAAGCUUAGCAGGAGAGCAGCAGCAUCAGCACCAGGGGUGAAACCCACCCUGAUUCCUGUAAAUCAGAGGCUCAAGCACAAGGAUCUCGCUCCCACAGCCAGGGCGCGCCGUCUGCAGUCCAGGCAGAAGAGGGUGAUGAGAGGGGCCGCUGGAAAGAGCCAGGAUAUUCUCCUCCUGCAGGGGGACAGAGAGCAGAUGGACUACAGGGAUGAGCCGUUUAUAAACCCGACUUUCUAUGACCAGGCUGUGGACUGGGAGCAGACCUUCGAUGUGAAGAACCUGGACUUUGCCAGCCAGCGCUCGGACUGGAUGGACCUGCAUUGCAAUGUGUCCGGGAACCUGGUCCUGAGCGAGACCGAGGCCCUGGGGGUGGUGCGGAGCUACAUGGAGAAGCUGAACGCCAGGAACAAGGGGCUCUACUCUCUGAAGCGUGUUGUGAAUGUGGAGAAGCGCCUUGACCUGGUCCAGGGCAGCCGCUACCUGCUGGAUCUGGAGCUGCUGGAGGGUGGGGCGCGGGUUGUGCGCCUCUCGCAGUUUGUCUUUGCUCUGAACCCCCUGUCCCUGGCCCAUGGGAGCUCCCCCCGGCUCCACCCCCCACUCCCCAAAGAGCCGCUGCUAUGCCGGCCGCUGGGACUGACCCCCAGGAACGAGGCCAUGAUCCACUUCAUUGUGCCAGUGAAGGACCAGGCUCGCUGGGUUCAGCAGUUCAUCACAGACAUGGAGGAGCUGUACAGAGAGACUGGGGACGAGAACUUCAACGUGAUCAUCACUGACUACAGCAGCACUGACAUGGAUGUGGGGAGGGCACUGAGACGAGCAGCACUGCCCAGGUUCCAGUAUGUCAAGCUGGGGGGGAACUUUGAACGCUCUGCGGGCCUCCAGGCGGGCAUCAAUCUCAUCCAGGACAACAGCAGCAUCGUGUUCCUGUGUGAUCUUCACAUCCACUUCCCCACCUCCAUCCUUGACAGCAUCCGCAAGCACUGUGUGGAGGGCAGGCUGGUCUUCGCCCCCAUAGUCCUACGCAUGAACUGCGGGGCUUCUGCACAGGAGCCAGACGGUUACUGGGAGGUGAAUGGAUUCGGAUUGCUGGGACUCUACAAGUCGGACCUGGACUCUGUGGGUGGGAUGAACACCAGGGAAUUCCGGGAUCGCUGGGGGGGAGAAGACUGGGAGCUGCUGGACAGGAUUGUACAGGCAGGGCUGGACGUGGAGCGGAUUUACCUGAGAAAGUUCUUCCAUCACUUCCACAGCAAGAGGGGGAUGUGGAACCGGAGACUACGAUCCUGACUGAGGGAAACCAGAUGGCUGUUAGACAUUUUAGACUGCAGAUUCAACCUUGCAAAAAACAAAAAAACAAAACAAAAAAAAACAAAACAAUGCUGCUUUCGACUUGUCUAUAGAUGGGGUGCACCGGUGGCUGGUGUGCUGUUUGCAGGGGAGUACUGGGAAAACUGGGGAGCUGGAGAAUCUGCAUUCUGCCCAUGUGACUGAGUUACAGCACAACCUGGAAGCUGAGUGGACACAUUGGACUCUGGUGGAAAUGCUCAAGCCCAGGGUCUUCUCUGGGUCAUUUAAGACAGUUCAAUAAUGCUCAAGGUGAAUACUUGAAAUUUAGGAGACAUAGGAAGGAGGUGAUGGCACAAGAACAUUUAUUUGGGUUCACUUUCUAACUUUUUUACAUCAAUGGUUGUCAGUCUCUCAGACGUUUUACUUUAACGUGAAUGCUUAGAAUUCUGCAGGAGAUUUUGUUGCACCAUCACAGUGUCCUACAUAAACACUGAGGUCCUGCUAAGGUACUGGCACUGUUUACACCUAGAUGUAGACUGCAAGUACACGGUCCUUUUUAAUGAAUUGUGGUGCUAGUGGUACUGAACUGGGAGAAAGCCUAAUGGGUGUAGAACGGCACAAAGUGAUUACUGGGAUCAAGCUGUCCACAGGUGAGGGUCUUUGCUGUCGAUCAGGCUAAUUUACCAUUCAGACUGAAACAAGUGAAGAAGCAGCUGCUUGGGUUUGUGUGGAUCGCUCUUCUCUACAGUCUAAGUGAAGCAGCCAUCAUCACGAACCAAAGCGGCUGUUUUUCACUUGUUUGAAAUGCUAAAUUAGCCCAGUCAACACCAAUGACCCGCACCUGAUUUAAAUGCAGAGCUUAAUAAUCGAACGAUUGGUUGGUGCAAGCGCUACGUGAGUGUCAAUUUCACAGUGAAUGCGUCUCCCCCGAAAGGAGAGCCUGUUGACAGGACUGGCCUGCACUAUGCCUGUCCAGAUGACCUGACUCUACAGAGACUGUGUUCUAUCCGUGGACACUGCUGCAGUGACUUGUGGGAGUGUUUACUUCACACACCCUUGUGUUUCUGUAUGUGCUCUGUGUGUUCUGUAUUUAUCUAUCUAUCUAUCUAUCUCUAUCUAUCUAUCUAUAUGAUGUGCAACUAAACACUGUCCAAUAUGUUUUUGUAUUUUAUUUUAAGAAAAGUAAUUUAUGAAAACACUUUGUGUGAAGAUGUACUACUCCCUUUGAUUGAUUAAGCACAGAAUACAAUUAAAGUGGGCAGUUUUUCAAAUUAUAGAUUUACUUCCUGUGCACUUGGUUCUCUGCAGUAGUCGAGCUGCAAUUGGACCACAUGUCCUACAGCACAGGAACUGGUCAGUAUUGAGGAAUUAACUAAAUCUCCAUUUCCCAAACUAAAUAGUUCAAUUACAAUCAAAAAACCAAACAAUGUUCAGCACAAUGAAAGGGGGCUCUGAUAAUGCAGAUAAUAAAUGUUAAUAAAAUUAAUUGAAAAGCCUUGGGUUGUAUGAGUUACAGUCUCUGUUGAGGUCUAAAGGGCUGUAGCCGAUACAGCCAGGACUGCUAGUUCAACAGGCCUCACUGUUUAGGAGUGCGUGAGGGCUGAUCCACCCGCUUUUACAGCAGAGCCUUGAGCAGGAUGGUGCCCGCAGAGCCUAAAGAUCAGUCUUGCACUUCUAUGAAUCAGGCAGUACAGACAGAGUGGGUUUUAAAGAAAGUUCAGUCUUGCACACUAUGAUUCAGGAAGCACAGCAGCAGCAUUGCAAUCAGGCUAGGUGAGGGGAAGUGUAGGGGCAGCAGCAGCAUUGCAAUCAGGCUGGGUGAGAGGGUAGUGUGGGGACAGCAGCAGCAUUGCAAUCGGGCUGGGUGAGAGGGGAGUGUGGAGGCAGCAGCAGCAUUGCAAUCAGGCUGCGUGAGGGGAGUAUGGUGGCAGCAGCAGCAUUGCAAUCAGGCUGGGUGAGGGGAGUGUGGGGGCAGCAGCAGCAUUGCAGUCUGGCUGGAUGAGCAUUGCAAUUGGUCUGAGUGUGGGGGCAGCAGCAUUGUAAUCAAGCUAGGUGAGGGGGAGCCCCUCACACAACAUGGCUAUCUUCUUUUGUUUUGUUUUAAAGAGUGUUUUAGCUCUAAAGAGAUGCUUCAAGAAGUUAUUCUGUAUCAGUGACCUGUUUCUAUGGAUACUCAGGGCUUGGGCUGAGUUUUGGUACUUGGGCAUGUAUAAUUUCUGUGAAAAUGAGUAUUUGUGUGCAGUCAUAAUUUGCAUUCAAAUUAAAUGUCAUAUAAACUGAUUAAUCGUUUUAUGUGUUUGUUUUCUAUGUAAUAAAGAUUUCAAGGAAAAUGACUGACAGCCUGGGACUGUCCAAGCAGCUGCAGUGUGUAGUAUUAAAACAGGGUUCAGGAAGUUCCACUGAUCAAAAUUAUUUUGAUAUUAAGCAAAGGAAAUGGAAAUAUGUUGAUACUGUAAUAGGGAAGAGCUGUGGACAUACAAGGCAGUAUGAGAGAAACUGUCCUGUGUUUUUUAAAUGAAAAUGCAAUCCCAAACGUGAAUGGCUAAUCAAAUAAAACAGGAAGUCAGUUUCAAAGAUGAUUUUAUUAAUUAAAACUGUUCCACACUGGGAUGGGCUUUACUAUCUCAAAGGAGGAGUCUGGUUGAAAAUGUGCCUCUGUUUAAGUCAUUAGAAGACUUCUGCUGUAUUAGAGGUUCAUUGUCUAAAAACCUUGAACUGGGCUCCAAGCAAUAGUGUGCUUGGCAUAUGAGGUCCCCGUGUCUCCCCUGGUAAAGGCACAACCGCAUGGUGUACAGGGCGAGUCAUACAGUCAUGGGAGCAGAGGGGUCCCCUAGUGUCUCCCCUGGUAAAGACAGUGUCACAGGGUGAGUCAUAUAGUAAGGGGAGCACAGGGGUCCCCUAGUGUUUCCACUACUAAAGGGACAGUCGCAGGGUGAGCCAUAGUCAUGGGAGCACAGGGGUCCCCUAGGUCUCCCCUGAUAAAGGCACAGUCGCAGGGUAAGUCAUAGAGGCUCUUCCUUGGUAAAGACACAGUCCCAGGGUGAGUCAUAGUCAUGGGAGCACAGGGGUCCCCUAGGUCUCCCCUGGUAAAGGCACAGUCGCGUAGUGUGCAGGGCGAGUCAUAUAAAUCAGGGGAGUUCAUGUUCCUGGCUCUCUGAAUUUGCUGAUCUUUGCUGGAGAUUAUGGAGCAUUGGCUCUGGCGCUCCCACAGGUUAGGGAGGCAAAACCUUCAGUGACUGCAGACCCUACCAGCAGCCACCCCGUGGGCUCAGGCAGACACGAGUGUAGGGUGUCUCUUCAUAUAUAAGGAUGUAAUUUCAUAGAGAUUGAGCAGACCGAACCAAGGCUGCAUGACAUCUUUGUAUCUCUUACGUGACAUAUGAACUUAGCAACAAGUUGUAGUAACAGUUUCCCAUAACUUUCAGAUGAAAUGUAAACAAAUAGGUGGUACAAAUUGUUUUUUUUUUUUUAGGUCUAUUUAAAUACUGGGACAGAACUACUGAAUACGUCACAUCUGAUAUGGGUGAAUGGAGCAUUGUGUGUUCUGUAUGUACACCUGCUAAAGCAGAAAUACACAUUUCCAGUUUGUGUGGGUGUAUUGAAUGCCAUUGAUUGUAAGAUAAUAUAAUAUUUUUUGUUCAUCCUUAUUAACUGACACUAGCACACAGACACUGCAGCAAAGAACUUCCAGAAAUACAUUUCACUCACAGGAUUUAAAUGCAUAUUUCUUUGGUAAUUUAAAAGCAUCAAAGUACCCUGUCUAGAUCUGGUAGUACAAAGCGUUGACUUGUUUCGGGUCUCUGUUAAGUUUGUUGCUCGCAUAUGAUGGUGUGGUACAAGGCAGGCCAUAAAUCAGCCAUAGUCAGUGAUCCAGCUUUCAGGCAAAGUUUUUAAACUAGUGAAUAACUACAAAGAUUUGGAAGUAUGGUUAGAUGGGAAUUUGAAUAUUACAACACCUAUUGAUAUGCUCUCAAAAAACCCUAAAAUUUAAUUUUGGGUUAUUUUUAUAGACAUGAAUCCUUUUUUUGAGAGCAAACUAGAAAACAACUGAUCUUGAGUACAUUUUUGCCUCUGAUUGACUAUGGUGACAUUAUUUAUAAACCAUCUACUACCAUUGUCUUAUGAAAAGCAGAUCCAUUGCACCAUCCUGAAUUGAGGUCUAUAACCAGCCUUGGCUACUCGGGUCAUCCUUGUGAUUUAUAUAGAUUGGCUGUUCUGAAUUCUUUAUCUUCACAAUGAUUGAAGUACUGCUAUAUAAUUGUUUAUAAGGCUGUCCUUGAGAAAAACCCAAACGAUCCUAAUAAAUUGCUAAUUACCUCUAGUAGUACUUAUAAUCUAGAUAUCAGACUGUUAUACAUUGCUAAAGUCCAUAUGCAACUUGGAAAGAAAAAGGCAUUAAGUUUGCUUGCUCCGUGGUCUUGGAGUAAACUUCAGGAAGAACUGAAAUGUACUGUCCUGUUAAAAAAAAUUGACAAUUUCUUUGGUUUGGCCGGUGCUGCUGAAUUGUUUCUUGCAAUUUGAUUAACUUGUAUGGCAUUGGUUGUGCUCAUUUGAAUUUGUGAUUUUUGCAUUGUAUGCCACCUAAUUGACCAGGUCUCCCUUGAUAAAGUCAGUGGGACUUUCCUGGUUAAAUAAAUAAAAAGGCUAACCUGGAAGUACAA